CAGUGAAUCAUGCAGUUUUGUCUGCACGCACGUUAUAGUUAAAGCAUAACAAGUUAUUAUUAUUUUUUUUUUUUUGGAAAAAUUAAUUUAUACAUAACUCUUUUUGUAAUUUUCUACAAAGUUUGUUUAAUUAACAUUGUUGUUCUCAUGACCGCUAAGCGUGCUUGUGCCGUUUAGCGUUAAACACAGAUAAAUAUUUUCUAUAUUUGUUUUAUAUACCUACCUACCAUUGAAAAAUGCGUCGCGACGCUUCGUCCUAUAUUGUCCAAAAGAGACCCAGAAAGAUUUGGGGAAUGAAAACUCUGAAAAUGUGCUUCGGCAAAGGCCGCAUGAAACGGCACGAAUCCGUCGAUCAAGACGUGAACAUGAUUGGAAUAGCUAUGCCAAGACUGGCCAUUCAGACAUCUUCUAGGAAACGAUCUUUGUCCAUCAAUAACAGCAAAACGCAUGAUCGCUUGUGUCAUUUGAGGACGCAUCAGCAACGCUGCCCCAUGUCGGCCGUUUGCUACGAAGGCGGCGUCGGCGGCAGAUCCAGAGCAGGGCUCAGGCUCAGCCUGAACAGAAGCAUCAGCGAACCCGGUCCGACGGUGCCAAUCACCGUCACCACCCCGACCAACCCCAAACGGUUUCGGCUGGAACCCAUACCCAGUUUGGCGGCCAGUUUACCGGCCAGUCCGAAUUCCGACGGCUCCACUCUGAGCAGUGCGCUCGUACUCAACAAGGUCAAGAGAAUCGACGCGGAUACACUGAGGCAAAAGCUGGAACUCCACGGGCCGGCCGUGUUGACCGUGGACUGUCGGUCGUUUGUGUGUUACAACACUGGUCACAUCAGAGGGGCCGUCAACGUCAACGUGGCUGACCGGAUCAACCGGAGGCGCCUGCAGAGCGGCAAAGCCACGCUGGUGGAGUUGGCGUCGUCAAGGGAUGCCAAGGAAGCCCUGCGGAGACGCGGUUACCGGGAAGUGGUGGUCUACGACGACUCCACCGAAGAUCUGGACCGAGUGGCCCACAACCACCCGCUGAUGCUGAUUCUUGCCUCUUUGGUUGAAGACGAAAGGGAGCCUUCGUUUCUCAUAGGUGGUCACAAGGAGUUCCAUUCGCGACACAAAGACCUAUGCGACAACUCUCUGUUGCCGUCGCCUCUGGACGCCGGCUGUCCACCCGACUCCAACCGCGAGAUGAUGGACCAACAUCCCCUGACCAAAGUGUUGCCUUUCCUAUACUUGGGCAACAGCAAGGACGCUGACGACCACGAAGGUCUUUCCGCCAUGGGAGUCACCCGAGUGCUGAACGUUACCACCAGUCAACAGUCUCCGUCUCCUCAGGCCGGCGACCACCGGACCGCAGGGAUCCUGUACAAAAGGCUGUCCGCCCUGGACAACGGUCACGCCAACCUCAAACAGUACUUCGAGGAAGCUUUCGAGUUUAUCGAAGGUGCUAGGAAAACUGGCGGAAGCGUGCUGAUCCACUGUCAGGCCGGCAUAUCCCGUUCGCCGACUAUAGCCAUAGCGUACGUGAUGCGCCACCACAAGUUGUCGAUGGUAGACGCGUACAAGACGGUCAAGGCGGCCCGGCCCAUCAUCUCGCCCAAUCUUAACUUUAUGGGUCAACUCCUGGAACUGGAGCAGAGUCUGCAGCAGUACGAACAGCAGCAACAGCACCAGCCCAGGUGCGGCCAGUCUUGGGCGGCCGCCCAACAACAGUCCGCGGCAGACGAACUGUCGCCUGGAUGCAGUACAUGAUAAGCCGCCGCCGCCGCUACCUCCCACCCUCCCUUGGGAAUGCGCCCGGGAGGGGCCGGGUUCGCGUUUGUGUGUGUUUUUUUAUAAUAUAUAUUUAUACAUAUAUGUAUGUAUACAUAUAUAUGUAUAAAUUAUAUGAUAUGUAUACAACAGGACAGAGACAAGGUAUCGUCCCCGCUUAGGGCAUGUUAAGAUAAAACUGCAUCGAGAUAUUCCAACCUAUUAAUGUGUUCCUAUAAAUUAGUUAAUGUAAUAAUAUUAUAUAAAUAUAUAUAUAUAUAUAUAUAUCAUCCUCUCACGCGCAAAUUUGUAAAAUAACUAAUAAAAAAAAGGCAAAAAAAAUGUUUUUAACGAAUGUACAAGAAAGUAAAUGCGGAAAUAUUAUAUAUUACGAUGAUAACAUAACUAUAUAAAUGUACUGUACACCCCUCCCCCCCCCAUUCUCCAUUAGAAAACUCAAGAGAAGUCUUCAGUUGGACACAAUGGUAGACUUGACACGAUUCGAGAAAAACGAGCAUUAUCUAGUCUUGCAAAUUGUACAUAAAAUAUACCGCUGAGACUAUUAUUAUAAUUUUUUUUUUUAAUCACACCAUUAUUAUUAUAAUAUAUACGUUAAUAUUGUCAUUGUCGAGAAGUAAAAAAGAAGAAAGCAAGUGUGUACAUAUAUAUCUUUUUUUUUAACAAAAAUUAAAGGCUGUGUUUAUAGAUAUUAGAAUUAUGAUGUAUCCCAACUUAUUAUUAUUACUAUUUUUUUAAGUUCGAGUCAAUGUAGUGAUUUGUAUUUUAUAUUUUACCAUCAGAAUACAAAUAUAUAAUAAUAAUGAUAAUAUAUGUAUAAUGAAA